AUGCGUCUGCGAACUUUGGAUCCGGCAGGGCGGCCGUUUUCUCCUCACGAAAAGAACGGAGAGUAUGCUUCUAGAAGUCCUCUCAACACAACGAGAACUUCAAAGCAACAGCGUGAAGAUCACGUGUUGCUGACGCUCACCUUCCUGAAUAAGAAAACGAAAGCACCUCUUUUCCAGGCAGUGGUCGAAUUGAGGCCGCCUCUGCAUCUACGCCGGAGGCAACAACAAGAAGAUCACGAAGACCAGCACCUGUCUCUGCGCGACAAGACGCUUUUGGCCUCUACAACUUCGCCUAGAACAAUCAUGGCCGUCGAUCACGAAGACGUGGCGACUUCUACCACUAACGCCGGAAUUAGUGGCGCAGUCAGCGAAGAGGAGCCCCUGGACGUGCUCGGUGGACUCUCAGAUCUGUGGGCGUUCGCGAAAAAGCAACAGCUGGAAACGGAACACGACGUUGUGGCUGCAGUGGUAGGAACAAGCGAACUAACUCCUGUCAUGCGGGGGCAGCAAGAGGGACCUCUCGAUCCGGGAAAUAUGAUUCCCUCGCCGGAAUUACUGAACGUUUUGGAGUUUGAUUACGCGCGGUCUCUGACAAUGAGCUUAAAGCAGUCUGACGAGGCGAUCAACAGAACGAGAGCUGGUGCUGCCGCUUCUGCAGGUGAUCGUGAUCGUACGGCCGGCUCUGGCACGCAACGCAGUUCCUCUUCCACGGGCGGUCCUGGAAUCAACGUCCGCGACUUUGACGACGGAACUGCUUCCUCCCACACGCAAACUACCCUCACAGCUGGUAAAGACCAAAACAACUACAACGACGCUCUUCACACUUCGAAGCAGUUUGGCAGAAAAGAGGCCGAUUUAGUCGCUUCGCUCCUCCCGUCAGCCCCUCUGUUGCACACGCCGUUGCGGUUGGACUUCACUUUGACGGUGUUUUCCUCCUCUAUGGUGAAAAAGAUGAAGCAGGUGGUUAUCUGCCCAGACUGCGGCAGAACGGACGUGACGCGGUCGAGCAACAUAUGGGAGUGUCAGGUUUGAAAUCGACAAAGUUGAAAUAACUUGCAAUGCAUAAAAUCGACACCAGUGGGAAGCCCAAUUUUCAAGCGGUGCAUGAGAAAUUUCGGCGCCGUCUAAAUCCAGCUUGUCAUGCUGUUUAGGGAGAGAAGGCGUCUUUUGUCGUGCUACUUUAGCAGCUCUACCGCAGACCCCAAACAGGCUGACAGUCGACCUCACUUGCCGUCCCUGCAAGAGAGGCACUUCAUGCCUUGCAAUUUAGGCAUGAGAAAUCAUUUCAACUUUGACCACGAUUUCAAUCCUGACGCUUCCAUACAACAAUUUUUGCUACUAUACGGGCCAAAUCUUCUGCGAGAACUGUUUUCGCAAACCGCCGGCUGGAUCGCCGUUGGAGAUGAGCCCGGGUACGUCUAAAGAAGCAUGUCUGAUAUAUGAAGACCACGAAUCAAGGCACUUCAGCUUCAAUGUUGGGUAUCCUCUAACAGGUGCCAAUGCCAUGUAGAGUACUACUACAUUCUUCCCAAAUUAUCGUGAUAGUGCAUACUAGACUUUCAUGGGUCGACGUAUCAUCACAAAACAUCACAGGCUCCUCCACCGACCAGGCGCAACAGGAAUCUUUCCGCAGUGUCAUACCCGGCUACAUCGCAGAGAGGUGGGAUUUCACAAAGCGACCGGUUUGCUACGUCGCGAAAAUGUACCUGGAGGCGGUUUUUCACGCAGGUUUGGUGGACGGGAGGAAGAUAAAGGACUUUAAUAAUGCAGAAACAUCACAAGCAAGAACUUCUUCUAGCACGAAGCCGAAAUCCAAAAUUUCACCGGAGGUUGUCAAGUUGCACCAGGACAUGCUCGAUACGUUUCUGUUUUCCGGGGAAGAAGAUCUUCAAGAUGAAGGAUAUACAUCCAACAUUGUCAAGAUCGACGGCAAAGCAUCAACAGGAUCAUUAGCCGCGCCAGGAGCUGCUUCAGUGCUCGAGCGAGAAAAAAGCCGCGAAAUCGUGUCAAGCGCCGUGAGUAGAACUCAAGUUCCUAUACCGCCGCCACCGUCUCCGCCGAGAGCGGUGAUUCCAGUUCCUCCGCCACCGCCUCCACCGCCAGUGUUGCAGCUCCCUGUAGUCGACGAGGAGAAAGAACCAGCGAGCGGGUCCUCUUUCGCAGGAGGCAAUAAAACGGAUGGCAUGACCUCGAUAAUGCCACCAGUCGAAUCAUCUCCCUUAAGGAGCAUCGGCACUGCGGAUCACGAUCUUUCUCUUUCACGCGACGAGGAUGCAGCUGUGGUUGCUGACGCCGAAGUGGAUGCAGAAAGAAUCGCGAAAGAACUUCUAUCCGUCCCGGGGACAGCAUCUCUGCCCUCCGACGACGGCAGCUUCGCUCUCGGCAAUGCGCAGCAAGAAACUGUUGUUACCCAGCCGGACCAGGAUCUGCUCCAGGCGAGCAUGACCACAACGAGCGACGUGAAUUUAGGAAAAAGCUCCACACGAGGACAAGAGGAUGAACUCCCCCAACCAGCUCCGAGAAGCACCCUGGACUCCAUUUUACCGGCGAAUUACAACCAGUUUUUGUCUUCGCAACAAAGUUCAUCUUUCGCAGACCAAUUACUGCAGGCGACGGAGUCUAUGAUGACCAACGUCGCCGAGGUUACGGAAAAUCUUUCUCUGAAAUACCACAUCAUGACUGAUUUCCAGCAUUUCGACGAGGACAAUACAGCGAGAUCGCAGGUUCUGUGGGAAGAACUGAACAGCUGCUUGACCAAAGUCGGGUUUGGCUUUGAAUUGCUCCGGGACUUGCAGGAAGUUGUGGGGUUUGAUGUUUACCAAAAGGUUGAAAUCCAUCCUGGGUUGCGGGUUGGAAAAGCUGGUGCACCAGCGCCGACAUUACCAGAGCUCGAUGUCCUACCUUCGGAUGUUGAAGCUGAUGGUUCGAAGAUGAAACUGCAAACCUGCCACGCGGAAUUGCAAAAGCUUGCAGAGCAAGCCGACGUCGGGCUGAAGUGGGAUUGUGGCUGUGAUUUACGACCAAGUAAUUUGAAGCGGUUUAUGGAUCAACUACAAAACGAGCAGCGGAAAAUAAAAAACGAAGCGAUGUCUACUUUUGCUUUGCGAAAGAGGAACGACAAGGCUCUCGUACAGUCAAGGGCCAGCUCGAUGAACGCCUUCGAGGAGCAGCCGAUCUUCUAUUCCAUGCACAUGCUCGAGGAAAUUUCCCGGUUGUCGGAUAAAAGUUUGUCGAUUCUACAGGUCGCCAGACGCUUGUUCGCCGAAAUUUUGAAGCACUUGGCGAAGAACGAAGUUAGCUCCGGAAGGCUGAAAUUCGGACUGCAGAAUGGCGCUUGGUGGGAAGUCUGGGGUGGGAAGGGCGUGGUUGGGGAGACGGAGGACGGGCUGGACGACACCACUUCUUCUCAACUUCGCGAAGAGACCACACCAGGAGCAGACGAUAGCCAUGCCGCAGCCGCGCAGCUGCCAGAAGAAUCGCAACAGCACAAGAACUCUCCUGAUCUACAACUUUCCGCCAUCAAAGGCAAAGAACGCAACCCCUUUGCUGGCCCCGAUAACGACAACCCCCUCCUGUACUACGCGAACUGCGGAAUCUGCAAUGCGCAUGUGUGCUACUGGAACGGGUUUCAUCAGUGCGAAAACUGCCUUGCGGUUUUCCACAAAAGGUGUUUCACGGUCCGGGCGAACGGGAAGUGUCCGUAUUGCGCGUUUGCGGGGAUUCUUUAGUUCGGUGGGCCGCGCGUGGUCGUAUGUCGAUGUCCUCGUCGACCUCGCCCCGAUGAACAUGGAUGGUUUGUAUUUUUCCUGCUGUUCCCGAAUCCGAAUGAAUUUGAACAUAAGUAACGUGCCGAGAAGAUUGAACUGGCGACCUGACUACAUGUUGGUGGUCUUCUUGUUGGCGCUACUAGGUCUUAUAAAAAAAGUGGCAAGUUGUAGAUGAAUGCUGGCUGUUGAUGAAAAAACGACAAGAAAAAUGAUGCUAGUAGUCCUACAACGCUCACAACGUC